AUGGUUUCGAGGAACUCUGACACAGUAGCCAUGUUUGCGUCUUCCAUAAGAUUAAUCGUAUCGGGAAUCCACCGAACUCAAACCCUAAAAUCGCCGGUAAAUCCUCCGAGACUCAUUAUCUCCGUACCUAGAUUGUUCCACUCUGAGUCGAAUUCGCCGGGAACUGGACCAAGAUCCGCUGGUUUCAGCGACAGUAGAAUCGCGAUGAGCAGCGUUGCGAAAACCGGGUCGGAUUCAGGCGCGAUCGAGAAUCGGGCGAGCAGGAUGAGGGAGAAGCUUCAGAAGGAGCUCGAACCGGUGGAAUUGGUGAUCGAGGAUGUCUCGUAUCAGCACGCCGGUCACGCCGGGAUGAAAGGUAGAAGUGCCGACGAAGAGACGCAUUUCAAUGUGAAGAUCGUCUCCAAGGGAUUUGAAGGAUUGAAUCUGGUGAAGAGGCACAGGCUCGUCUACGAACUUCUUCAGGAGGAGCUGGAUAGUGGAUUACACGCUCUUUCCAUCGUCUCCAAGACGCCAUCGGAGAUCAAUCGUUAG